AUGGUCAAUAUCCUUAUGGUAUACACGUCUUGCAAUAAGACUCUCACGGGUGGCGCAACGGGCUGGUACCUCCCCGAGGCCGCGCAUCCCUACUAUUCCUUCCUAGACGCCGGCUUCAAUAUCGAUUUCGCGGCUCCGGCAGGACCGAAUCCCCCGGUGGACGAAUACUCCGUAAAGUCGUUUACCGACGACGAAUCGCAGAAGUUCCUUAAAGACGAGACGGUGGUGAAGAAGCUGGCCUCUGCGAUUCCGCUCAAAGAUGUGGACGUUGCCAAGUACGAUGCGAUUUUCUAUGUCGGUGGUCACGGGCCGGUCAUUGACCUUGCAAAUGACCCGCUGAACAUUGCACUCGCUGGUAAGUUCUGGCAGGCGGGCAAAAUCGUUUCAGCUGUUUGUCAUGGUCCCGCUGCCCUCGUCGGAGUCACGGAUGCGGAUGGCAAGAGCAUCUUCGCUGGCCGCUCUGCAACUGCUUUCUCGAAUGCGGAAGAAGAGACUGUCCAGGCCACACAGAGCGUUCCAUUCCUGGUCGAAACACGCAUCGUUGAACUGGGUGGCAAAUAUGAGAAAGCAGAAGAACAAUGGGGAGUGAAGGUCUGUGUCGAUGGCAAGCUUUUCACAGGUCAGAACCCUGCGAGCGCGAAACCGCUUGGAGACGAGAUUGUCAGGGCUUUGAAGGCCUGA